UUAAAUGCCACUCCACAGUACAUCUUCAGCCAUCGCUGGGGGUACAAACAAAAUGGUAGUUGGUCCGGUAUGAUUGACGACAUAUUUCAUGGUAGGGCCGAUUUAGGUAGCAACUGCGCGAUAUACACUGAACGUCUAGACGUGGUUACUUACACUGAUAAUGUUGCCCCAUUCAAGGUCGGCUUUAUUUACCGUCAGCCUCCCCUCUCUUACGUGGCUAACAUCUUUACCCUUCCGUUCUCUACCGAGGUGUGGUUGGCUAUUGCUGGCUGUAUAACUUUUUCUACACUCACGCUAUAUCUCUCUAGUAAAUGGGAGAAAGGGUAUGGUAGGUUUCAGAGUCAAACACAACUAGAUGGAACUGUUAGUGACGCGAUGCUUGUUACUAUAAGCGCAUUCAGCCAGCAAGGAUGCACUUUAGAGCCAAGGAAAGCUUCCGCGUACUCGGCUAACAUCGUAGUGCUACUUCAAGCGCCUUCAAGCGCUUUAAGGACUUUGACACAGUUAUCGCGAUCAAAAUUAACUCUUGCUGCUAACGAUGUCGAUUACAACCAUUUUGUUUUUGGUAUGUACUCGGACCCAGUGAGAGUUGAAAUUACAAAGAAGGUAAAGCCAGUGAAAGGCACGGCACAUUUUUACGAGAUAAAUAAGGGCGUGGAAAAAAUUCGACAGGGUUUAUUUGCAUUCCAUUCUAUAGUGGAGCCAGUGUAUCGUCGUGUGGAACAGACUUUUCUUGAAAUGGAGAAAUGCGAUCUUGUGGAAGUUGAUUUCAUGAUGGGAUUUGAUCCGUCCGUGCCUGUUAAGAAAGAUUCUCCAUAUUUAGAGCUAUUGAGAGUGAGUUUUAAGCAGAUACGAGAAUCCGGUCUACAAUCAGCAUUGAAAAAGCGUCACCAAGUGCAAAAACCUCAGUGCUCUCAGAGGGUGUCAGCGUUUAGCAGUGUUGGUCUCCUAGAUCUUCGACCAGUCUUGUUUCUUAUGUUGUACGGAAUUGUAGUUUCUGUUACAAUACUUAUAAUUGAAAACAUAACUUAUAGGAUUUAAGUAUUGUAUAAAAUUUAUAGAAAUACGCCUAAUUUAAUUCAAAUAUACUUUUUCACAAUUUACGUAUUCAAGGUAGAACGUAGCGUCAGAACAGUGACCAAUUUGCAAUAUUAGUAAAAUCAGAAAAAUGUACUCAUUUUUGUGAGUGCAUAUUUUUAAACAAGAAAGGUGUAAGGCUACAUA